AUGACAAUUGUUGUGAAGUAUUCUCACUAUUUGUCUGAUUGGUUGUCCUCAUUCUUUUUCAUUUUUAUUUCCUCUUCAUUGUCGUCAUCAUUAUCACUAUUAUUUACUUGUUGGCAACAUCUUCUAGUCACAAUGAAAUCUCCAAUGAUCACUCUAAUUUUACUGAUCAUAAAUGCCUUUUUCUUUCAACCAACACAUCAAUAUCGUCUCUCAAAACGUGAGCUAACUGAAUUUGAUUUGACCAGUUUCAUUGUCAGUACGUGUUCAGCUGACAAAACUGACAUGCUUAUCCAGAAUCUGUGUGAUCAAACAUUGCAGUCGGCACUUAUGGGUGAUUUUCCAAUUCUGACCUAUUAUUGUAAGACAAUCGGUGUCGGAAUGAAUUAUUGUAAUAAUAUCAAUCAAAAUAUGGUUAAUAAUGAAAACGUUAGGGCUAAGAGAUUUACUUAUCGUCGGUUUGCACGAAGUCUUAAUGAAGACAGAAAAACAUAUCACACAGGGCAAGAAAUGGAUAAUCACAUUGAUCUUGAGCAAAAGUUGAUUAUGCAACUGUGUAUGACAACGACGGAAAAAACUGUAGUUGAUACAGACCAAUUUUGCAAUCGAACAUUAGAACAAGUUCUGCGAGGACGGUAUCCUGAAAUAGCUCGUCUUUGCAAGUAUCAUCCAGAUUUUGAUUAUUGUCGCAAUUUACGGUCUUAUUCAUUAUUAUUCUCUUUGCCACUAACAAAAUCAUCAUCGGCAACAAAUCCUAUUACAAGUAAUAUGAACCCUUGGCUAGUGCCGUCAUCAGCAUCAUCCAAAUUGUCUGACAAUGAAUCGUUCACCGAUCAACAAAGGAUCAACAAGUACAAGCACUUGUCAUCGCCAUCAUCAUCAUCAUCAUCAUCAUCAUUAUCAUCAUUAUCAUCAUCAUCAUCAUCAUCAUCGUCAUCGACAUGA